AUGAUCAUCACACAAUGUUCUGACCUUAUGAAUAGAAAUGAAAGUGCCCUUGAGGUGUACUUGCAAGCCUCAGUACGUAACAGGACGGCUGUCUCUCAUUUCGAAUCGCGAGGCUCGUGCUUCAUCUGCCAGCGGAUAUUACAUAACACAUUCUCCUACACAAAGCCUCUACUUAUAUCACCACCAAACAUGAAUACUCCAUACGCCCCACAGAUCUUAAGUAAUGAAUGUCGAGACAAGCAAAGCUACCAUAAUUCAGCUCCAUGUCGGAAUAUAGUUACUGAGUUGAAAGUAGUCAAUCCGAACCACAUCUACGCUGUUGAUAUGUUCCUGACGACAGAGCGGUUAUAUGAAGUCCUUCGGACAGUGAACGCUUACGAUAGCAGUAUCCUCAUUAACUUCCCUGAGACAAAUUACUACAUACUACCGGAAACUCUACGCACGAUUCCCCAGGUGAUCAAUAACAAGAAGUUUGGCAAGAAUCUUGAACGGAUGCAAAUAUGA